UCAGGCCGCAGGAUUCGAACCGAACGUCCGCUCGGAGCCGGGAGCUGGCCGAGCGGCGCGGGCCAAUCAGCGGCGGCGGCUGGCGGCCCCCGAACGUUGGGACACAGCCCCGCCCCGCACUGUUGUUUGCGUGUCGGCGGCCGCGGGAGCAGGACCACAACACUCGCCGGGCGGGCUGCGGGGCGGCGAGGGUCCGGAGGCCGCGGGCGGCGGCGAGCGCGAGCCGAGGGCGGCCGGCCUCCCGCGGCCGCCGAGCUGGGUUGCGCGCCGGCCGGAGCCAUGUCGGUGAACACGGAUGAGCUGCGGCACCAGGUCAUGAUCAACCAGUUCGUGCUGGCCGCGGGCUGUGCGGCCGACCAGGCGAAGCAGCUGCUGCAAGCGGCCCACUGGCAGUUCGAGACCGCCCUGAGCACGUUUUUCCAAGAAACCAACAUUCCCAACAGCCACCACCACCACCAGAUGAUGUGCACCCCCAGCAACACGCCGGCCACGCCGCCCAACUUCCCGGACGCCCUGGCCAUGUUCUCCAAGCUCCGCGCCUCCGAGGGCCUGCAGAGCGGCGGCGGCCCCAUCACGGCCGGGGCCUGCUCCCCUCCUGCAAACUUCAGCCCCUUCUGGGCCUCGUCCCCUCCCAGCCACCAGGCCGCCUGGAUGCCACCCUCCUCCCCGACGGCCCACAGCUUCCACCACCUGCACCACCCACAGCCCACGUGGCCCCCCGGAGCACAGCAGGGGGGCGCACAGCAGAAGGCCGUGGCUGCCGUGGAUGGCCAGAGAUGAGACUGGACGCCACGGCGCUGGGCAGUCGGGGGUCGUGGGGACAGAGGAGGGUCGGGGGCCGGGGCGGGGCGGGGUUUCCCGGAGAUCGCACUGGAAGAUUUUAUAAAGGAAUUUUGGAGGGUGGGGGGCAGUAUACCUCCUGGGCCACUUGGGUCCUUCAGGAGUUUCUCUUCAGGCAAGUUUUUCCUGUUUAAUAUAUACCUAUAAUAUAUAAAUGUAACUAA